GCCGCGGCUCCCUUCGGGCCCCGUCCUCCCUCUCCCCUCCGGCGGGCGGCGUUGCCAUGGCGACCGCGGCGGCCUAGCCGGCUCUGGCGCUCGGUGAGCGCGGCCUAGUGCGGCGUGCGGCGCCUCGGUCUCGCGUGCCGGUCGGCCGGGGGAGGGCCAUGUCCUUGGUGGCCUACGCCAGCAGCGAGGAGGAGGAGGCGGAGGAGGAGAUAGAGGCGGCGGCGGCGGCCACCGAGGAAGAGGCCGAGGAGGAGGCGGCGCCGGGCGGGAGGCGCGCCGGGCUCUUCUCCUCCCUGCCGCCGCCCAAGGGCAGCCCCGGCCCGACCUGGCUCCCCGCCGGCCCCGCGCCCUCCCCGCCGGCCCCACCGCCGCCCGCCCAGGCCGCCCUCGCCCCCGCCGCCGCGCCCGUCCCGCCGCCGGCCAAGCCCAAGAAGAGGACGCAGCCCGUCCGCAUCGCCGCGCCGCUGCUGCGCUCCCCCGACUCAGACUCCGAGGAGGAGGAGGAGGAGGAUGAGCCCGCGAAGAAGCAGCCGCCCUUCCAGGGCCACAGCGAGGGAUCCGGCUUGUCUGCUUUGCUUCCUCAGCCCAAAAACUUGACGGUGAAAGAGACAAACAGGCAGCUUUUGCUUUACGUUUUCUCUAAGAAAGUGUCGGAGAACUCCCAGCAGGAGCCCAAUCCGGCCAAAGUCCCAGCAUCGCCCUCCAAGCCAAAGGUGCCCCUGAAGGCAGCCUCUGCCGUGACAACGACAACUCCUUCCCCAUCCGCUAUCAAGGCAGCUGCCAAGAGCGCCGCUCUCCAGGUUACCAAGCAGAUCACCCAGGAGGAGAAUGACAGCGAUGACGAGGUGGCUCCAGAGAACUACUUCUCCUUGUCGGAGCCCGCCAUCCUCAGCCCUCAGCCCUACACUUACUCAGGGGGCAUCUUGCCAGAUGAUCUGCCCCCUGGGACAGAGCCGUGCCCGGAGCCAGAGGGCCAGGAUGCUGCCGCCAAUGCCCCCCUGGAAUUUAAGACUGCGCCAGGAGCAAGCUCUCAAGUUGCCCAUGGAUGGGCACCAAAGCCUGGGGAAGACUAUGGCAGCCAGCCAUAUAGCCAGUAUCCUGGCAUCACCAAUGCUUACUACCAGGAUUACUACAGUAGUGGCUACUACCAGGAAUCUGACCCAGCCAUGGAACCCCCUCAGGAAAUCAGUGACGUCUCCUCUUUCAUGGAUGAUGAAGCGUUCAAACGCCUGCAAGGCAAACGGAACCGUGGGCGGGAAGAGAUCAACUUUGUGGAGAUCAAGGGGGAUGACCAGCUGAGCGGAGCGCAGCAGUGGCUGACCAAGUCCUUGACGGAAGAGCAGAACAUGAAAUCCUUUAGCAAGAAAAAAGGCGAGCAGCCCACUGGGCAGCAGCGCAGAAAGCACCAGAUCACGUACCUGAUUCACCAGGCAAAAGAACGAGAGCUGGAGCUGAAGAACACGUGGGCAGAAAAUAAACUCAGCAGGCGUCAGACACAGGCCAAGUAUGGUUUUUAGGCUGCCCCGUGCCUGUGGCCAGCUGGCCCAGAAGUCUUUUGGGGCCCAGGUCCUGCCCCCACUACGUACUGCUUGAGGGCGAAGGGCAGUAGCGCUGGGUGGCCUGGCAAGGGAAGGGCUGGAGGCUAUGGAUGUUCCCCGGCCGUGCUGCCUGCUGCUUCAGCCAGUGGGGCCCGGAAGGGCGUGUCUGUCUGGUUGCUGCAGGGCCAUGGUGUCGCACAGCCAACACGAGGGCUUGAACUGUUGUGGGUGCCGCCUGCCCAGCUUCCGCCUCCAGGCAGUUUCUUUGCAGUGGCCAUCAGAACCAGGUGAUGAUCGAAUGAGAAGUGGGGCCCAAGCCUGCUUCCUUGCUGGAAGCUCCUUAGCCGGUGCACAUGGACUGCUCUCUGGAAAGAGGAGUGGAGACAUGGGCCACUUGGCUCCUUGGACCCUUUGCUCUCCCCCCUCCCCCCUCUCUCCAUGGUUUUUGUGUUCAUGUUCCAGGCCAAGCUUCCUUUCCUUCUCCUUGAGAAAAAUUUGUUUUUGUAGAUUAGAGACAGAAGCUUCCUUCUCAUUUCAGUUUAGAGAGCUGUUCGGACGGCAUCCUGGACCUCUGUUUCUAAAUGGGAAGUGUUCAGAAUUGUAGUGCAAAAUGUUCCAGGGAGUUAAUUACCCGCAAAGCCACAAGACACAGUGCUGUUACCACGAUUUGGACGGGUGGGCAGUGCAGUCCAGGCAGCCUCUCCUCUUGCAGUCCACAGCGAUCCGCACCUGCUCUGUCUCCUGCGGCCUCUUAAUUUGCAUUUCCCAGUCCAAAUUACAUGUCUGUGAGAGGGGCAGUGGAGCCAGCUUCUCUCCGCAAGGGCCGGGUCGGAGGGCUCCAGCGAGGCACAGGCCUGUGGGCGUGCACUUGUGUCCCUGUGCUUUGCUUGCUGAGCUGUGAAGCCUGCAGAAGCCGUGCCUGCCCUGUCCUUGUCCUUGUCCACCAUGCUGUGUUCCUCGAGGGCCAGUCACUCUUUCUGUUCCUCGGGGGAGGCUUCCACCCUGUUGGCAGAACUCCUGAGUGAUCGGGGUGGGGGCGGGGGCGGGGGAGGGCAGUGUCUCUAUUUAAGGGAUUUUUGUUUGUUUCUUUAAAAAAGGCCAAUUUCUAGUUUAUUUCCCUGGACAUUUUAGUAGGGUUUUUUUUAGUAUUCCAAAAAUAAAGCACCCAUUCAAUAAUUUAUUUGUAUCUUAUGAAAUUG